AUUCUCAUACCGUGGUUAUGGUUUGAGAGAACAACAUGUCCGCUGUAUUUCACAUACUAGUUUCGUUUGAUAGAAGUAGGGACCGUACGGAUGAGAUACGUUUAUGCAACGACUCAGACAUCAAAACUAUCAAUGGCAGAAGAAGAAAGGAUAUCAUCUCUUUUAGAAAAAAAUGGCACAGAUGCUUCUCAAUCAAAAGAUACUUAUAUUCCGGAAGAACCAACUCCAGAUAUCUCUAUUUCCUUGUUGGAUAUACAAAUGCCAGAAACCCCAGAUAGUACCAAAGGUCAAACGAGCGAUGGUGAUACAUCUAGAUUGGAGAGUCCAAAGACAGUGAAACCAGUACUUGGAAAAGUCCAAGCAAAGAAACGAUUAAUGGCAUUUGCUAAUCAAUUUAAAACAUUGCCUAAAUCCCAGGUUAAGCCAAACAUGUCUCAACAUUCUACCGGAGCUUUAAAGACAAAAGAUAAAACUGUUCAGGAUGAUCUAAAUAAAUCAAGAAAAAAGACAGAGGAAAAAAUUCUGGCUAUUGAAGAAAUUCGAAGAGAGGAAUCUAAAAGUAAAAUGUUACUCGCAGAAGCUAUGGCUGCAGCAAGUAUGGAAGACGACAAUCAUACUGGCAAAAAUAUAUCUAGUUUACUCGAAAGUAAAAAACAUGCAAAAGAAAGAAGAAAACAUGAAGAAAUGAAUAAUGAUCGUAAAAGUAGAUCAGUGGAUCGAAAAUAUUUAGAAAGGUCUCGACAUCAUGACAAAAUUAAUAAAGAUAGUUCAAAUCAGGAUAUGAAAAAUCGAAAUGAAAGUAUAGAACGUUUUACACAAAAAUCAUCUCAGAACAGAGGAAAGCAUAAGAAAGAUAAGAAAAAGAAAAACGACAAAGAUAAACGAAGUAAUAGCAAAACAGAUACAAAUCGUGACAAGAAAGAAGGAAAGGAUAAAAAAGAAACUGUAAAAGAAAAAGAAGAAGAGAUAAAAGAAAAAACUGAAGCAAUAAAGAAUAAGAAAGAAAGUAUAAAAGAAAGACAAAAUGAUAUGUCAGAAAUGGAAGUAGAAAGCAAAGAUAAAAAAGAAAAAGAUAAAUGGAAAGAAAAAGUAUUAUUGAAAAGUAACUCAUGGGCAGAACUACGAAAAUCUGGUUUAACUCUCAAUGAUAUCAUUUAUCUUAGAAGACGUAAUAAUUCAGAACGAUCUAUGAAAAUCAGAACAACGCAAGAUUAUGCACGUUAUUUUGAACAAAUGUUAAUGUUAAAUAAUCAUCGUCUAAAACGUCAAUCAUUGAUAGCUGAGGGACUUAAUGGACCCAAAAAGUAUCCACCUGAAUCGAUUAAGCUGACGAAACGAGCAAGGGGACUUCAAUUAUUGUAUUGUGAAAAUCCGCGCAUUUCUCUUUUCUUAAAUAUUUCGCAACUUCUACAGAUCGUCACUCCUGAACAUCGUGAAAAAAUACAAGACAUUUGUGAAGCGUCUAUACCACGGAUCGAUACAGAAGACACAGUGCAGCAGAAGCGUAAUUGGUAUCAUCAAAUAAAUACAAUUGACUACCAUAAAGAUGCCAACUGGCAGAUGACUAUACAGUUUCCUAAGUCAAAAUGGGAUAGUGAAGAUGAGGAAAUAUUGUCUAUCAAUGUAGCAAAAGAAGAAAUCGAAGAACCAGUAAACAAACUGCAUGUUUCCGUAAACCAACAAGAGAGAUGUUCCACAACGUCUAGCAUAAUGGAUGAAGACAAAAUUGAUAAUAGUGUUGAAGGCAUUAAAGAAGAUAAUAAAUCUAGUGAAAAGAUCAUCGAAAACAUAUCGAUUAAUGAAUCUUCUUCGUCUUCUUUGCUACAGCCUGCUGGAAAUGAAAAGCUAGCUUCAGAAUAUGAACAAUUUAUGAAGAUGGUAUGCACUGCAACUGAUGUGACUAAAAAAUAUUCUCCCAAAAAAAACCCUGUUAAAUCUACUUCUCCGCAUAGUUAUCAUGAAUUCAAUAUAGAAUCUAAUUUAGCUGAAGAUAACAAUAUGGAAAUACCAUUGAAGGAGAAAUUUGAAAAAAAGAGUAAUCUGGAAACUCUAGAAGAAUCGACGAAGAGUACAGAAUGUGAGGAGUCUACUAUGUCAACAGACUAUCAAAUACAAAUUAAUGAAAAUAAUAUACAAAUUGAACAUACAAACGAAAAUGACGAAUCUCAGGAUUCCAAGUCAAUUCCAAGUGAUUGGGAGAAUGUUAGGAUAAAAGUUGAACGAUUGAGUGAUGAGAAUACUGAAUCUAGAGAAGUAAAAAAGAAGAAAAAAAAGAAAAUGACAUCCAGUAGUGAUUCAUCUAGUAGUAUCACCUCUUCAGAUUCAGAAAAGCAAAAGAAAAAAAGGAAACGCAAACGGAAAGUAUUAAGUAAUUCAUCUUCUUCCGAUUCUGAUAGUACGGAUAGUACUAGCAGUAGCGACUCUAGUAGUUCAGAAGAAAGAAGAAAAAGAAAGCGAAAGAAGAAAAAAAUUGGAAAAAAAAGAAAAAAGGUGAAACGCAUUGCGCGAAUAAAAAAGAAGCGAAGGAGAAAGAUGAGCACGGAUUCCAAUAGUAGUGAUUUAGAUGAAUAUACAAAAAAGAAAAAAAGGAAGAAGAAAACGAUGGAAACCAAACCUAUUAAUAAUGGAGACAUAAGAGAGAUAAUAUCGAAGUCUCCUGUAAUAGCUUCACCAGAUGGAACAAAGAUAUUGCACUCAGUGACUCCAAUAAGGAAGAUUAAAGAAGAAGCUGAAGAUGAAGACAAAAAGAGGAUUGAUCAAGUUAUGUCAACGAAAAAAAAUAUUGUUGAUAUAAGUGUACAUGACAAUGAAUGUUUGAAUCAGAGAAAGGAAAGAAAAGAGAGUAAGUCUGAUGAAAGUUUUAUGGAACAAUGGGAAAUGGAUUCUCUAACAAAACAACAAAAUGAUGGUGAAACCUCAAGUCAAGACCGCAGUGAAGAAUUGGAAAAAAUGGAUGGCUUAGAGAAAAAUAAAUAUCGAAGAAAAAGGAAGCAUAGUCGAGAUAAUAUUGAACAAAACAAAGAUAGAUCAUCUAAAGACAAUGAAGAAAGGAUUCAUGAAGGAAAAACAAGAUUAGAUGAGGAAAUUGAAGCAAAGAGAAAGAAAAGAAAAGAAAAAGAUAUUAAAAGUAGCGGUGAGUUUCUUGCAAACUGGGAACGGGAAAGUGAGCGUAUUACUCAACGGAUACAAAAUGAAACUAAGUAUUUGAAAAAAUUAGGAAAGCAGAAAAAGGAGAAAUGGGGAGAAACAGAUUUUGAUACAUUAAAUGUGCCAUCUUUGACACAACUUGAAAAAGAGGUAUAUCAAAAACAACUUCUGGCAGAUGAAUGGGAAGUGGAUAGUUUAGAAGCAAUAUCAGAUCUAAUUAUGAGUAAACGAAAAAAUAGCCAGGGUUCAUUAAAAAAAACAGAGAAAGAAGUUAAGUAUGAUAAAAAAACAGAUACUUACAUUGCAGUAGAAAAGGAAAGUGUAAGAGAAAUGAAAAAGAAGCAAGAACGUCUAUAUGCAAUAAGAAUAUGGGAGGAGGAGCAAGAAGAAGGUGAAAGAGAAGAAAUGAUGCUUCUGGAACAAAAAAGUAAAACGAAUGAUUGGGAUAUAGAAGAAAAACCUCUAUUUCAUGAGACUACCGAAAAAGUAGAAGUUUGUAAAGUUAACGAUAUUGUCGCGAUACAGAAAGAGUGGGUUAAAACAGAUGAAAAUAAAGAUAUCAAAGAAGACGCGAAUAAGUUAACUGUGAAGACAGAUAAACGAGUUAAAAAAAGCCGUUGGGACAUAGGCUCUCAGUCUGAAAAAUUGGAAGCUAAAGAUAUAUGGGAGGAAGAAUAUGUCGAAUGGUCCAAGAUUGACAAGUGCGAAGGACAAGAAUUUGAAAGAAUAAAAAAAGGAGAACUUUGUCCUGUGGAUUAUUCGGAAAGCUCUAGUAAAUCGGAUCUGAUAGAUUUCUAUCAUAGAAAAUCACAAAGUAGAGAAUCGUUGGAAAGAUCAUGGGCGUCAGAUGAAGUGGUGGUCAGAUCUAUACAAGCAAAGAAUGAUACAUCAAUAAAACAAUCAAUUCUUGCGAAAACAAAUGAAGAACAGCUUAUAUCCAUCAAGGAGCACCAAACUAGAGAUCAAUUUAAGGAAAUUUCGGAAACUGAUGUAAAAUUUAAAGAGAAUACCUAUUCAGUAAAACUAUAUAGUCCCAGUUCCCCAGCAUUUUCUCAAAAGUCUCAGGAUGUAGAAUUGUCUAAUGAGAGCAGUUCUUGUAAUUCUCUGCUUCGUGAAAAAAGAAAGAAGGAGAUGUUAAUUACAGCAGACGAAUUAUCAAUUCCCAUGGCUGGAAUACCUUUACAAUUAAUAAAACGUGAUACUAAACAUACAUCAAGUGAAAAGGCAGAAAGUAUUUUGAGCAAAAUACAAUUGGAGGAUAGAGAUUCUGCUCAUAACUUUGAUAUUAAAGCUGAUAAUUUAUUUGACGACAUUUCAAUAAAUGAACCGUGCUCAAAAAUACAUACCUCUAGACAUAUAGAUAUUUUUGCAGAGUAUGGAACAGAGAAGUCAUGUGAUAAACAGCAUGCCGCAAAUUCCAGUGUGAACUCAGCAACGAAAGAUGAUGAAAUGAAUGAAGGAAAGAACGCACUUAAACUCAUCCCUAAACAGCUCUUGAUGCGUCGGACUAACGAACAGGUAAAAUCGAAACGUAUUUUAGAAACACCAUUACAGGAUCCUGCUCAACAUGCAGCAGCUCUAUUGACAAUACAAAAAAAAUUGUUAGAGUCACAUGCAUUGAAGAAUGAUAUCAAAGAAUAUCCGAACCAAGAACAGAUAGAUCAUUUUGAACAGAAAUAUAGUAAUAGAGAUAUAGUAGCGAGUAAUAGCAGAAUUGAUAACGCAUUAUUAGAUGCAACUGAAUUUUCUGUGGUUUCCAAAGCAUCAGUAAUAGCGAUACGACGAUCGAGAUCUCCGACAUCGGAAAAAGCGGUCUCUGUUCGAUCUGAACAAUCUGAGAACUACGACAGAGAAAGCAAAAACGAUGAUGGAAAAAGAUAUAAGACUAAUCGUAAUCUAAAUGAAACUAAUGUUUCAUCGAGUAUACGGGAACACAGAAAGAGAAGUCCUAGCAAGAAAGAAAGUGAAAAACGAUAUUUGCAUGAUAAGGACAAGAAGGAAAAGAAAUCUGAAAGGACAUCUGACGAUGUAGACAAGUCUGACAGAAGGGAUACUAGAGGUUCCAAAACAGAUUUUGCAGAUAGAAGAAGGUUUAGCCCUUCGGGACGAGGAAGGAGAAAAAAGAGUCGAAGUCCCUAUGUUUCAUGGGAACGUCAAGGAAGCGGAAGUAGAAGUCCUGGUCAUAGUUGGAGCAGAAGCCGUAGUAAAAGUCCAAAGAGAAAAGACGACGCUACUAUCAGUAUGCGAGACAAAGAUAAAAAAAGAGAAAGAUACGACGAUGAGCGAUUAUGUAAAUCGAGAACAGAUGAAAGAAAAGAAAGAUAUACGCGAUCGCCAUUACGCUUCGGUUACAACGAGGAUAGCUUUAAAAAGCAUGGUAUUGUAUCUUCUAAGAGCAAUCGUAACGACUGGGGUAGGAGAAGACAUGACAAUACAGAUAGAGAUCAUGAGAAAGAUACUAGAUUGUAUGACCCACUAGAGAUUUUGAGGGAAAGAACAAUGGAGUCUGAAAAAUAUAGAGAUAAUAGGUUUCACAUAGAAGAAUUAGAUCAUUGGCAAUAUGAAAGCAACAAUAUUUUACGAGAUGGUAACGAAUCCAUGGAUUCAUACACUGUUGGACAGGAUUUGCCUCUUGAAUAUGAUGAUCGAUCGUAUUAUAGAGAGGGAAGUCUGGAAAGAGAUAUGAUACAAUCUUCGCCUCAAUUGCUGCCAAAAUACAGGAGGAGAUCUAAUGUAAAAAGGGAACGGCAAUGGGAGAAGGACAUAGAUCCUUCAGAUUUAGAUCGUCAUCCAGAACACAGAAUACGAAAUCGAACACAACAACGAUCAAGAUCGCGAUCGGGAUCACGUUCUAGAUCAACAUCAAGAUCAAGAUUGAGGAUGAGAUCGCAAUCGAGAUCGAGGAGUAGAUCUCCGUUCGAUGUGAGAUCGAGAGUGUCUGUUUCUACGUCAAGAUUAAGAAGCCCGGAACAUUUAUUCAGAAUGUCUGAAUUACGGUCUUCCAGAUCUCCUUCACCUGGAAGUGAUAGGCUAAACGAAAUAGGAAGGGAAAGGAAGGAUGAUGACGAAAACAAAAAGUUCAACGCUUCUGGCGAAAGGGGUAGGCGUAUAGAGACUAUUAUACAGUCGGGGAUUAUGCCAGGAACGAGCAUUUUAGAUUCAGAAAUGGGUAUUAAUAGUAAUAUGGAUGCAACUGUUACAAACUUCCAAUAUUCAAAUGAGAUUGAAAGUGGAAAUGAAUAUUAUUAUACUGAGAAUAAUUUGACUUAUCCACCUUGUAUAGAUGAGUCAUCUACAAGCUCCCCGAAACGUUUAUCUCUUGAUGAUAGAUUGGAAUUAGAAUUAGGUAUUAAAAAGCAACACAAUAAGGAUUCUACUGGUAUAGUUUCAGAAUAUUCUUCUAAUUUUAAUCCCAAUGUUAUUGCGUAUCCAUCUCCUCCUUCUUCACAACAACAACAACAAUCACAACAGCAAAUGAUGUACAGACAACAGCCUACAGUUGUACAAGUUGGAAAUGUCCUACAAGUAGUCCCUGCUGAUUUCAAUGGGAUGCAAUCAGCACGUCGCGAAGUAUCUGCUACAAUUACGACUCCACCCGUGCGAUCUGGAUCCAGUCAAGUGGUUCGCGUAGGUAACGUUCUCCAAGUAGUACCCACGUCAUUAGAUUGGAGCAGCAGUAAUAGCGGCGGCGGCGGCGGCGGCGGCGGCAGCGGCCAGUCUUCGACAGGUCAAUCAAAUGUAGUUUUGUAUUCUUCAGCUGUCCCGGCACCUUCACCCUCGGCACCUAUGUCAAUACCUGUCCCCGUCCCCGUUCCAUUGCCUGUACCACCAACCUUACCCGUCACGACAAAUACUCUCGCCCCUGUCGCAACUAUGUCAUCUGUUACGCCACUGCCGCUAUCAUUGCCAGUACCUGUACCUGUUCCGGUUCCGAUUCCCCCCGCAACAGCAGCAGCGUUUCCAAGAAACGAGAUUCAGACACAAAAAAUAGUUCAACCCGUAUAUAAUUAUGAAGCUAUACUCGAAACGCGCCGUAAAGAACAGGAGCGUAAACGAAUACGCGAGUUACGUAGAAAAGAAAAAGAACGUAGGAGGAUAGAACGGAUUAAUCGACGAGCUCUGCGCUUAUUAGAAAAGAACAAUACAUCGCGACAAAUGAGUGGAGUCUUGUUAGAUCAUCGUAAGAGUUCAAGUGUAGAUCCAGCAGUUCUGAAAGCAUUAAAAGAAGGAGAUGAACAAGUUGAAUCUCCAUCAGCUAAUCCUAUAAAAGAAGAAGAGGAAACAGCAAUGUCUAUUAAAGAAGAAGACGAAGAUGUCGCUGUGGACGAAGAAGAAGAUGAUGAUGAAGAUGAGGUUGAGGCUGAGGCGGAAGAUGAUGAAGAAGAGGAAGAAGAAGUAGAAGAGGAGGACGAGGAUGAUGGCGACGAUGAGAAAUCAUUACAAAUGAUUAAUCAGCGAAUUGAUGAAGCGACAACGUCUGCUGUUAAAGAUCAGGCAGAAAUUGAUACCAAAAAGGAAUGGCCGGUGUUGCCACCUCCACCAUUAAAAGGCAUUUUGGUUGUACCAGGAUUUAGUCCCAAUGGCAACUUGGAUGAUUUAUCAGACAUGGACAACAAUAUCAAAGACGAUAGCGACAAAGACGGAGAAAUAGAUAAAAAUAGUGAAUACGAUAAAGAAGCAGGAUCUGAUGUCAAAUCUGGUAAAUCAAAUCUAAAAUUAAGAAAAAUAAAGAAAAGCAAAAAGUCAGUUCAGUUUGCUGAUGGUGUGAAACCUGGGGAGGGAACUAGUCCCAGCGGCGGCGAAGGCGACAUGCCUUCACCGCCUCCUCCUAAGGGAAUAGAUUUCCGCGAAGGACUCGGAGAUUUGAAAAGGGAUAAAAUUUAUAACUCUCGAAAGAGCAGAAAGCAGGAGAAAAGGGCGAGACCACCAAAGGCAAAGAAAAAAGUCAAGGUAAAGAUAAUCAAGUUGAAAAAACCACGCAUUACGCCAUUGACAGCCAUGAUGAUGGAUGACUCUGACGAAAUCGACGAUCGUUCACCACCCCCGCCGCCCCCUGGUUCUCCUCCGCCACCUCAUCUCUGGCCCAGUUAUCUUUCAAUCUACAAUACAACGGUUCGAGCAAUUGAACAACCACAGUCUACGACUGCAACUUUGACGUCUGUUCAAGCUCCACCACCACCACCAACUCCAUUGCCUCUUCUGAUCCCGCCACCUCCGCUUAAUUAUACCAUCCAACCUUGCAGUAAAUCUUAAGCUAACACCAUUCACGGCGUCGAUUUUGUAAUCUUUUCUGGUACAAGUCUUUUUUUCUUUUUAUGAAAAGUGAAUUUCUCUCUUCCCCUGCCUUUCCUAGAAAUUCUGUGCGCGGGAAAUCGAUCGCGGGUAUUAGACUGUAAAAGUGAGAACUGUACAUUAGUAGUCUCUUUGAGACUUCAGUGACGAUAAAGUAAUGAUGUUGAAGAAUAUAUACCAAUAAUCGAUGUUGUAAAUAUCCUUGCAAUAUAAUCAUUUUCUGAUCAA